UCAUACUUCCCGCCAAGUAUAACUUCAGCAAAUAGUUAUAUAGAGGGAGUGGGCGCUUAGAAAUAUUCGACCAAUUAUAAUACGUGCAACCUGACUGAUAGCAGAUUUCGCUAAUGAUAAUCGACUAGGGCGUGUUCCACCAGGUAUAUAACGAAGGCGUGACCAUCAAGGCCGGGCUCUCGGUCACAGGUGGGGGGGAGGGGUUAAAACCGGACAGUGUAAGACACCGAAAACCGUCACCCCGAGGAGGAUGAGCGAAACAGAGAUAGAACCCCAAGUAACUGAACCGGCAACUGAAGCAGAGCCGGUGAUUGACUCUCAGAAACCUGAAGUUACCCGCAGUCAAACGGGCAAGAAAGUCUUAGCCACUCAAGUACAAGGAACUGUGAAGUGGUUCAAUGUUAGGAAUGGUUAUGGCUUUAUCAACCGGAAUGACACAAAGGAAGAUGUCUUUGUCCAUCAGACUGCCAUUAAGAGGAACAAUCCAAGAAAGUUUUUGCGCAGUGUUGGAGAUGGAGAGACAGUCGAAUUUGAUGUUGUAGAGGGGGAGAAGGGUGCAGAGGCUGCUAAUGUGACUGGCCCUGGUGGUGUGCCAGUAAAAGGAAGCAGAUUUGCCCCCAACAGACGUAGGUUUCGUAGGCGGUUCUACAGACCACGAGGGGAGCUUGCAGGGGAAUCUGGAGGAGAAACGGGUGGAACAGAACAGGUGAGCGAAGGCGAGAGAGCUGAUGAUGGCACUCCCCAGCAGAGACCACAGCGCAGACGGCCACCUCCUUUCUUCUACAGGCGACGGUUUCCAAGAGGACCUAGACAGCCUGUGCAGCAGGACCAAGCAACAGAUGGAACGGCUCAAGCUGUACCCAAAGAUCCUGCAGCUCCAGUAAAUGAUGAUCCUGCUGGGGCAGAGAACCAGCAACGACCUCCCCCUCGCAGAUUCCGUCCCAGAUUCCGCAGACCUUUCAGACCUCGACCCCCACCCCAACAGACUGUUGAAGGGGGUGAUAAUGAAACAAAACCUGCCACAGAGGGGGAUGUCCGCCCAGAGCCACAGCGUCAACGGAACCGUCCAUAUUUCCAGCGUCGAAGGCGGCAAGGGGUGCCCACAGGGCAAGUGGCAGCCCAGGGAGAUGGUAAAGACCAAGCAGUGCCCCCACAAAGCACUCCUAUUGAAGAUGGCACUGCCAAAGAAACUACAAAUGAGACACCUGCAGACACUGUUGGGGCACCUAUUCAAAUACCUGCACCAGAGCCAGUGAAUGAAGCUGCCACUACUGAGUGACUCUAAAACAUCAGUCAUGGAAGAUGAGGUGUCAUCGCAAGAUCGUCCAUCUUAUAGCUGCCCAUGGUCCUCUAACACUAUUAUGGGGUAUAGAGAAAUCACUUUAUAAAAGGGUGUGUCCACCACCUAUCACUGUGUGCUUUGGUGGGACUGAUGGGACUGUGUGUUUAGGGUGUUAUUUCUGUUCAUUAUGUUUUGGAAUGGUGCAGCAGUAAAGAUGGAACAGCA